UCCACGCCACAAGGCGGCUGGUGGCUCCGGCGGCAGCUGAAUGCCCACCCAGCUUCGGUCACUUGGGUCACUCAUGUAGGCAAAUCCGGCAGGCUUGACGGGACGCUGCUGUCCAAGAGCGCAGCGGGCAAAGGAGGAAAGCUCCCAAAAGAAACGAGCAGGGAGUCCGGCACCGUUUGUGAGAGCAGCGCUGAUGGAGGGGACCUCUGGGACUCUGCUUAGCAAAGGCAGAGCAGCAUGAUACUGAGCAUGGCGAGCAGGGACUUUUGAGAAUUAAUUGCAAUUUUGGAAGUUCUUCCCAUUUUUAAACUUGACUGAAUCGGCAAAAUGCCUGCUCCAGUUCCAGAACCGUGGAACUACAUCCCAGAAGAAAUCCUCAUCCAAAUUUUCUAUUAUCUUUCUCUUCGAGAUAGAUACACGGUCUUCCAGGUGUGCAGACAGUGGGCGACAGCUGUUUCUUCUAGCUCUGUUUGGCAUUUCACAGAGAUCAGCUGUGAUUCAGAGGAUGAGGAAGGCAUGCUGCAGAGCCUGCUCCAGUUCCUCAGCCAAAUCAAACACCUGAAGAUUGUGUUUGACCAGUCCAAGGAGGUCAACCGGAAGAAUGUGACACGCAUCUUGGAUGCGUUGGCAAAAGAGAACCACAAACUGCAGCAGCUGUGCAUUGUGUGCCACGGAGAGAACCCCUAUUUCUACUCUGGCCAGGACAUUCUACAGAGCAUACGGAAUAUAUGUUACACUAAAAACCAGAUAGAUCUUCAGCAUAUUGAUUUUCGAAAAAUGCCCUUCACUCUCGAUGGUGAGCUUGUUGAACUCUUAGCUACCACCAACCCAAACUUGCACAGUUUGUUCAUCAACAACCGCACCCUGGUAUGCAACGUGGCACCAGACACCAUUAGGAAAGUUCUCAGAGCAUGUCCCAGACUCUCAGCCUUGGGGGUUUACUAUGCCAGUUUAUCUGACGGUGUAUUUCAGGAACUGCUCAAGCCCGAAAGAGCGGCUUUCACCCAUUUAGACAUUUUCUGUGAGCGUCUGGACAAAUAUAUACCAGUCAUCUCAGAAGAGCUCUGGGCUGCUGUAAGUCAAAAGCAUCCUCAACUCUGUGUAGACCUAGAGUUUGAUCAUACGGUCCCUGCCUGCAAAAUACCACGGAUCCUAAAGCUGAAUAUACCUGUGAGCACGCUGCAACUUAAUACCUACAAUUACAUGGUAAAUCAGAUUAGGUUUGUCACCCAGAGCUACAGCAGUACUUUAAAGAAGCUGACACUGCAGACCACGUCCUCGGAGGACUUAAAUUCCUCGCUAGUAGAUCUGGCUAGGCAGUGCAGAAACCUGUUGGAGAUCCACUGCUACUGUGUGGUCAGCCAGGAGGUGGUAGAAGCGUUCCUCACGCACUGCCCCGGUCUGAAACAAUACACUCUGAAGGUCACCAAGGAACGGCACCCCUGGAAAGCAGUAACAGUUCAGUGACCAGCUCCUACUGACUUCCUGGGGAAAUCGUGGGGAUCUGUAAGAGGACAGGGAAAGAAGAUUUAGGGCUAUAAGGAAAAUGCUGCAAAAUGCCCUCUGCACUCACUGAGAACGUGCUGUUUCCCCAGCACUGGCUGUUACAUAUGAUGUGCACCUGUUCUGCAGACCAAGCAUUUACACUCAAAUGUGAUAGAGAAAGGGUUAUACAGAGAAACAGAAUUGCCCCCCCCCUUUUUUUUUCUUUGCUUUUUUUAUGGGGGUAUGUAGGGCAAGUCUUUUUUUCUUCUCUGCUUCUUCAUUUAGCAGGAAUGCCGAGUUUACCCUUUGCAGAUUUUUACUGAGGACCCCAGGGAAAUUUAAUUUUUGAUUUUACAUUUUAAAAGAAUCUCAAAGUCAAGCACAUUGUGUCAGGUGCCCAGCAACUACUUAAAUAGACAGUUAAGGAAGUGGCAGCUUCAAUGCAGCCAUUUUCUGCCCAGUGGGGUACUUAGCCGUGCAGAUUCAGUGAGCUAUAGCAACAAACUGUGGUCAUCUGAUGGAAAAUCCAAUUUAACCUUGAUAAUUCCUCUUUUGGCAUUUCAGUGAUGGUGAGCUCACCCGUUAUCCGUUUGUCAGGUAACUUCCACCUUGGAGGGAUAUAACAGGAGCUGAAUUAUGUUAGAAAAUACAAGCAGGAGAAAAAGCACUUAAGGAAAAACAUUCACAAGGUAGUAAUAAAAGGCACAUGGCCUGCAAAUUCCCUUGUCCAUCUUGUCUGUCUUUCGCUCAGGAAUGCAGAUUUCCAAGUUAUAAUUUGAAUGCCUUUUGCAAAGACCUUUGCUUUUAUUCCAUUGUUAGUGUUUCUUAGGAGAAUCGAGAGUGGUGACAGUUUUUGCAUCUGAUAUCUGCAUUCACAUGCAAGUUAUCUUGCAUCUGAAUUAGGGUAUGUGUGUGUUGGUCUGUUGUACUAAAGAUUUCGGUGAAUGUUAUUUGAAGAGCAGUUUCUCAGUUUAAAUGAUGCUGGCAUAAAGCUACACUGUGAGCACCUAUUUAGAGCUAUCUAAAGCAUUUAUAAUAAUAAUAAUAAUAAUAAAAAGCAUAUUGUCAUCUA